AUGGAGAGAUACAGGGCAAGAAUUGGUUUGGCUCAGGUUGUGGUUAAUGUAUCUAAUAAAAUAUGGGCAUUCAUAGAUGAAGUGUAUGAGGUGACAAUUCUGUACAACAUGACUCAACAGUUGACUCUCAAAUUGUUUCACACAGAAACUCAUAUAGAGCUUAUACUUACUCUAGUGUAUGCUAAAUGUGAUGCAAUAGAGAGGAUAGAACUAUGUGAUUCUCUUUAUGCAAUGGCUACUGAUAUGACUUCUCCUUGGCUUGUGGGAGGGGAUUUCAAUGUUAUAUGGGAUGAGGAGGAAAAGUUUGGUGGGCUCCCUGUUCAUUUAAAUGAGAUUGAUGAUUUUAGGCACUGCAUUAACACUUGCAACCUCACAGAUUUGGGUUUCAAGGGGAGUAUUUACACAUGGUGGAAUGGAAGAUCAGAAGAGGAUUGUAUUUUUGAAAGACUUGAUAGAUGCUUGGGUAAUUUAGAGCUGCAGCAAACUUUUCCAGGACUUGAGAUCACACAUUUAUCAAAAAUUGGAUCAGAUCACUGCCCACUGUAUCUGAAAUGUGACAUUGAAGCUGCUCCAAUUAGGAAGUCCUUUAGAUUCCUCAACUUCUGGACUAAGCAUGACACUUUCAAAGAUGUG